CAUAAGAUAGAUCUGCCAGGUAUGCUAUUAAAUUGCGUGCCAUUUUAUCUGAUCAGAAUUUCUGACUCGCCUAUCAUCGUCUUCAAUCAGCCAGACACCUUUUUUUUUUUUAAUCCGUGUCUAAAUCCUAAAGUUCCAAUCAAAUUUCACACUGUUUUUUUCUUCUUCUAAUAUCAAUCAUGACAGUUUACACUUCUUCGAAAAAUCAAGAUGAUGCUGAUCGUCAAACUGAGCCGAGUUCCUACUUUAAUUUACCGCCGCUGGAUGUUUCCGUUGCAUUCCCUCAGGCAACUCCGGCAUCUGUAUUUCCUCCUUCCGCUUCCGAUUAUUAUCAAUUCAAUGACCUAUUGACUACCGGAGAGCAGGCUCUUCGGAUGAAAGUCAGACAAUGUAUGGAAAAUGAAGUAGCGCCUAUAAUGACUGAGUACUGGGAGAAGGCGAAGUUUCCUUUUCAUAUUAUUCCUAAACUCGGUAGUCUUGGCAUUGUUGGCGGCACUAUUAAGGGUUAUGGGUGUCCUGGUCUCUCCAUUACUGGGAGUGCUAUUGCUACUGCAGAAGUUGCAAGAGUUGAUGCAAGUUGUUCUACUUUCAUUUUGGUGCAUUCAUCUCUGGCAAUGCUUACCAUCGCACUUUGUGGUUCGGAGGCACAAAAGCAAAAAUAUCUACCUUCUUUGGCUCAGUUUCGCACUGUAGCUUGUUGGGCUCUGACAGAACCUGAGUAUGGAAGUGAUGCUAGCUCUUUGAAAACUACAGCGAGAAAGGUAGAGGGAGGUUGGGUACUUGAGGGCCAGAAACGCUGGAUAGGUAACAGUACCUUUGCAGAUAUUUUGGUUAUAUUUGCUCGGAAUACUUCCACAAAUCAAAUAAAUGGAUACAUAGUAAAGAAGGAUGCCCCGGGCUUAACAGCUACAAAAAUAGAAAAUAAAAUUGGCUUGCGGAUUGUACAGAAUGGAGAUAUAGUGAUGAAGCAGGUUUUUGUCCCUGAUGAGGACAGGCUUCCUGGUGUCAAUUCCUUUCAAGAUACAAAUAAGGUCCUUGCUGUUUCGCGGGUGAUGGUUGCAUGGCAACCUAUUGGCAUAUCAAUGGGGAUAUAUGACAUGUGCCACAGGUAUCUAAAAGAAAGGAAACAGUUCGGAGCACCAUUAGCUGCGUUUCAAAUCAACCAACAGAAGCUUGUUCAAAUACUUGGCAAUGUUCAAGCAAUGACUCUUGUUGGUUGGCGUCUCUGCAAAUUAUACGAGAAGGGUACGAUGACUCCAGGUCAAGCCAGCAUGGCAAAGGCAUGGAUAACUUCAAAAGCAAGGGAAACAGCUUCUAUUGGACGAGAGUUGCUUGGUGGCAAUGGAAUUUUAUCUGAUUUUCUGGUUGCGAAGGCAUUCUGUGAUUUGGAGCCAAUUUACACAUACGAAGGCACCUACGACAUCAACACCUUGGUGACGGGUAGGGAAGUCACAGGUUUGGCCAGUUUUAAACCAGCUGCAUCGAGCAGACAAAGCCGCCUAUAAAUUCACAUAUGCCAGCUUGCUUCAUAGGUCCGAUGCUUUCGAGCCAAUGCAACUUAAUGAUCUCCAGAAUGGAAGUUAUACGAUAACACAUAUAGAUAUAAUGAUAUGUUUGGUGUCUUUUCAGAAGUGAAUAAAAACUUAUUUAAGAGAGGCAAAUGCAAGGAGCUAGUCUAGAAACAGAAACCAUAUAUACAACAGAGGCUAAUGCAUUUUGUUGAACUUAUCACAUGUCCAGUAACCUGUAUUUCUUUGAAUAAAGUCAACUCGUUUGCUGA